AUGGCCACCUUCACCUUCCACACUGAAACUGUUCAAUCAUGGCUAGUCCUUAGUAGACUUCACAUACUCUUCCACUUAGUUGUUGUGUUGCUCCUCUUUUACUACCGCAUCACCAACCUCUUCUAUGACAAUAACACACCAACUCUACCAUGGAUUCUUAUAACCAUAGCAGAACUUAUUCUAGCUAUGCUAUGGUUCUUCAACCAAGCCUUCCGGUGGCGGCCGGUGUCUCGGACCGUCAUGACGGAGAACUUGCCGAGUGAUGGGAACUUGCCGGGGCUUGACAUCUUUGUGUGCACGCUUGACCCUGAAAAGGAACCUACUGUUGAGGUUAUGAACACUGUUAUUUCAGCAAUUGCAAUGGACUAUUCACCCAAUAAGCUCGCCGUGUAUCUCUCCGAUGACGGUGGUUGUCCGGUGACUCUGUGUGGUAUUAAAGAGGCUUCUGAAUUUGCUAAGGUGUGGCUUCCUUUUUGUAACAAAUAUGGAAUCAAAUCAAGGUGUCCCAAGGUUUUCUUCUCUCCUAUGGGGGAAGAUGAACACUUUAUUCGGACAGAUGAAUUUAAGGCAGAGGAAGAGAUGAUCAAGGAUAAAUACAAUAAAAUGCAGAAAAAUAUUGAGAAAUUUGGUUCGGACCCUAAAAAUUGUUGUAUUGUGCCUGAUAGACCAACUCAUAUUGAGAUUAUAAAUGAUCAAACGGAAAUGCCACUCGUUGUUUAUGUGUCUCGUGAAAGAAGGCCAUCGGUUCCUCACAGAUACAAAGGAGGAGCCCUCAACACAUUGCUCAGAGUCUCAGGGCUAAUCAGCAAUGGCCCUUAUGUACUUGUAGUCGAUUGUGAUAUGUACUGCAAUGACCCAUCUUCGGCCAAACAAGCCAUGUGUUUCUUUCUUGAUCCUGAAACCUCAAAAGAUGUUGCUUUUGUCCAAUUCCCUCAAAUGUUUCACAACCUUAGCAAGAAAGACAUCUAUGAUAAUCAAACUAGGAUUGCUUUUAAGACAAUGUGGCAAGGAAUGGAUGGACUAAGAGGUCCAGGUCUAUCUGGAAGUGGCAAUUACUUAAGUAGAAGAGCAUUGCUCUUUGGAAGCCCAAACCAAAAGGAUGACUAUCUUCUUGAUGCCCAAAACAACUUUGGCAAGUCUAGCAUGUACAUAGAAUCACUGAAGGCCAUCCGUGGACAACUAACUGCCAAAAACAAUAUUUCAAGAGAUGUUAUUUUAAAAGAAGCUCAAGCAGUGGCCUCUUGUUCCUAUGAGAAAAGCACAAAUUGGGGUGAAGAGGUAGGAUUCUCUUAUGCUAUAUUACUGGAGAGUACAGUUACUGGCUAUCUUCUGCACUGCAGAGGAUGGAGAUCAACCUACCUAUACCCAAGAAGACCAUGUUUCUUGGGGUGUGCCCCCACUGACAUAAAGGAGGGUAUGCUACAGUUGGUGAAGUGGUUGUCCGAACUUUGUUUGCUUGGAUUCUCCAAAUACAGCCCUUUCACUUAUGGGAUUUCAAGAAUGCCCAUUAUUCAUACCUUCACAUUUUGCUUCCUGACAAUGACAACCCAAUAUGCUGUUGCCUUCAUCCUAUAUGGCAUCAUUCCUCAAGUAUGCUUCCUGAAAGGAAUUCCUAUGUUUCCAAAGGUUUCAGAACCCUGGUUUUUAGUGUUUGCAAUAUUGUUUGUAUCCACUCAAAUUCAGCAUUUGAUUGAGAUCCUUUCUGGUGGUGGCUCCCUGGCAGUAUGGUGGGAUGAACAAAGAAUUUGGAUUCUAAAGUCAGUUACUGGAUGCUUAUUUGCACUUACAGCAGCAACCAAGAAAUGGUUAGGGUUAAACAAGGUGAAAUUCACUUUAUCAAACAAAGCCAUUGACAAAGAGAAGCUCAAGAAAUAUGAGCAGGGUAGGUUCGAUUUCGAGGGUGCAGCUUUGUUCAUGUCUCCAUUGGUUGUAUUACUCUUAGUGAACAUUGUGUGCUUCUUUGGGGGAUUAUGGAGACUACUCAAUGUGAAAGAUUUUGAUGAGAUGUUUGGUCAACUUUUCCUGCUUAGCUAUCUAAUGGCUCUUAGUUAUCCCGUUGUUGAGGGGAUAAUAACUAUGAAAAGCAAGGGUGAGAAGUGA